AUGUCAAAACCAUUCUCGUCAUUUAUGCUUAUUAAACUGAAAAUGGCAGGGAUCCGGAAGGAAGCGCAGGAUCCUGUCUGCCUGGUUGAUUGUUUGGUGCAGGGACUCGCAAGUCUGACAGCAGCGACCUUGGCUGUUUUCCUCGUAUUUUCUUUCCUGGGGAACUCCAGCAGUGCUCCGCAGAGACUGUUUGAGCGAAGGAACUGGACGCCACAAGCCAUGCUCUACCUCAAGGGAGCACAGGGGCGCCGCUUCAUCUCCGACCAGAGCCGGAGGAAGGACCUCUCGGACCGGCUGCCUCCAGAAAGACGAAGCCCAAAUGCCCAACUCCUGACUCUUCCAGAGGCGGUAGCACUCCUCCUGGCAUCCUUGCGGAAACCGCAGGAAGAUGGAGAAGAAAACGUUGAUCAGGCCAGAUUCCUGGAAGACAGUGUGCUAUACUGGUGAAAACGUGCCAGCUUGCAUUUGUACUUAGUUCUGUCCUGGCGAAAAACACAAACCACACCCUUGAGACUCGUGGACCCUUUGCACUCCAUGUGUGAUCUUAGCAACUUGCACAGCUAGGUCUAUUCCUUCAGAAGCCUCAGAAAUGCAGACUUCUCCCAGAGCAGCGCUGCCUUCUCUCAUCGCUUCCUGUCCUGUUGAGGUCAGCUAGUGUCUAACUCCGAGACUGAAGACUCUCAAGUAUUCUUCUGUCUGUUACAGCCAGUGCCUGUGUGGAUCUCAUAAUUCUUAGUUUUUUCAUUCUGUUCUCUCUUGGAUUUUAUUAUCACUCAGCAGCCAUUCUUUUUCCCAAGAAGGGCAGGGAGGGAGGGAGGAAGGGAUGGGAAAGAGAAGAGGAUUGUCUUGCAGUGCCCCCAGGAAAAGUGCAUUAUGAAGAAAGGAGGUGGAAGAGGGUGACCAGGACAAGCUCUGUGAUUAGAGCACCUGGGUGUGUGUGUCGAGGGAAGUGACAGUGAAGAAGGUGGCCCCAGAAGAUGGGCUGAAGGUGGGGAACUCCCCAUACGCUCUUUGUGUCUCCUUUUAGCCCCAUUUAGAACCAUGGGCCCCAGAAUCACUGGGAACUAAGCAGGUGGAGCACACCCUGCUCGGGCGUUUACUUUAUAGAGGGAACAGAGCAGUGUUUGAGGUGACCCAUUUUCAGCAGCUAAGUCGAUGCUGCAGAGUCCAGUUCUCUGCUGACUGUAAUUGUCUGGAGCUCC